AUCAUGUCGGUCGCUCUAAAGGCUGCGAUAUAACGGCUCAUCUAUGGAGCCAAUCAUAUGACAAUGGAAACCGAUGUUAGGGACAGAAAACAGGCAGCAAAGAUGGGCAUCAUGACAUCAAAUAGUUAAAGAACCGGCUUAUAUUGGUUGUAAUUUAAGUAAUUGUGCGUUAUAAAGAUUUGCGACGUGUUCUUUUGCGCUGGCUCCACACUGUUAGUGUUGGGCUGCAAAAAUAUGGCAAAGGUUCAGGUGAACAAUGUAGCAGUGUUGGAUAACCCAUCUCCCUUUUUAAAUCCUUUCCAGUUUGAAAUCACUUUUGAGUGUAUUGAAGAUUUACCAGAAGAUCUGGAGUGGAAAAUCAUUUAUGUUGGUUCUGCAGAAAGUGAAGAGUACGACCAGAUUUUAGACUCUGUUUUAGUUGGCCCUGUUCCUGCAGGGAGGCACAUGUUUGUAUUUCAGGCAGAUUCAGCACAACCGGGACUCAUUCCAGAUGCAGAUGCCGUGGGUGUGACUGUUGUGUUAAUUACCUGCACGUACCGCGGUCAGGAAUUCAUUCGAGUGGGGUAUUACGUUAACAAUGAAUACACAGACCCAGAACUCAGGGAAACCCCUGCUGUGAAGCCAGAUUUUGCCAGGCUUCAAAGAAACAUCCUGGCUUCAAACCCACAAGUUACAAGGUUUCACAUCAACUGGGAUGAUAGCAUUGAGAAAAUGGAUGAUUCACAGAACACACAUCCAGACAUGCAGCCUGUUCUUACAUCAAGCAUUCUACCUUCAGCAUCAAAAGGGCUAUCAGUCACUGGGAAUUCAUUCAAUCUUAUGUCAGGCUCACUCGUGAACUGCAUGUGACUUCCCACAUAAAAAGAAAACAUGAAUCACAAAUUAAUUUGUGAACAGGUGUUGAUUUACUGAGAAAAUGUGUCACCUUUCCAAUAUUGGCAUACAUGUUUAUUGAGGCUUGUAAGAACGAAAGAUACAAAUUCGUAGUUUUACAAUUGUGGUUAUUUGUUCCAGUUUUAAUGUUAAAACAGUAAAAUAUGCUUUAUCUUUAAACUGUCAUCAUCAAAAUGAAUCUGUUAACACUGAUGUGUGCCUGUUAGGAUUCUCAUUAAGAUUCAGAGUAAGCUCUUUAAUGGUGUAAAUAAUUAUCAUAAAAAUAAAAACUGAUGAUACCGUGGAUAAUGAUAAAUCAGACCUGGGCAACACUGGUGAGACUAUCAGCCAUUUGUGCCUUUUGCUUGAUUAUUUGUAGUUAAAUAUGUUUCCCUAUUUUUAUAUUAUUACAAUAUAACAAGGCUUUUUUUUUUAAUAUAAAAUAUAUUAUUUAUUUAACUGUUCCUUGCAGUGCACUGACUUAUUUAGUCUUACAGCCCUUUGAUUGUAC